AUGUCUGCUACCACGUUAACUCCUGAAGUCCUCUGGGCUCAGCGCUCCAGCACAUCUGAUGCCUCCAAGAACUUUGUCUACGUGACAAUCACAGUCCCCGAUGUGCCCGCUUCCAACCUCAAGCUUGACCUCAAGCCCACCGGCCUGUCUUUCAGCGGCCACUCCGACAGCCUGAAGCGCUCGUAUGCUGUAGACCUCGAGUUCUACGCCGAGAUCGACCCCGCCGAGAGCAAAAUCAUCCACACCGGCAAGAACGUCGAGCUCAAGCUCCAAAAGAAGGAGCUCAAGGAAGAGUACUGGCCCCGCCUGCUCAAGGAGGCCAAGAAAGUCCACUUCCUUAAGACCGACUUCGACAAGUGGGUCGACGAGGACGAGCAGGACGAGGCAACCGAGGAGGACUUCUCUCAGUUCGGCGGCAUGGGCGGCAUGCCCGGCAUGGGAGGUGCUGGCGGCGACUUCGGUGGCAUCGACUUCUCCAAGCUUGGUGGCGGCGGUGGACCCGACUUGGGAGAUCUGGAAGACGAAGAGGGCGAGGACGAUGACGACAUGCCGGCUCUGGAGGGUGAGGACGACGGCAAGGAUGACGGCAAGGCCGCUGCUGCCGUCGCCGACGCCAAGGCUGCGGAGAAAUAA